AUGACCGAAGGUGCACCAAGUGCCCCAGCUCCAAGCAAACUGGUCUUCAUUCACGAAGUAGCAUCACUUCCUCCAGCGAGCAAGGUGAGACUACUAGGCUGUAUCGUGCAAUAUGAUGCCAUGAAAGGUCACAUCCUCCUCGAGCAUGCCUAUCCUAGAAACGCCAGCCCAACCCCUCGAAUUUGGGUUGACAUAAAUCUUGUCCUUGAAAAUGUGAAACCAGCUGUUCUGGACCCAGGCACUUGGGUCAACGUAAUCGGAUAUAUUCGGGCUUCGACGCCGCAGACCGGGAAAGAGAGUGUAAAAAGGUUGCAGAAUGUGCUUGACACGGUAUUCGUGCAGGCCGUCUUGAUAUGGGAUGCAAUCGCCGUCAGAAUCGAAGACUACGAAGAUAUUCUGGAGGAUCAGAGGCGUGUGCGGCGACAGCUUGAGUCCGAUCGCAAUUGA